AAUAAAAAUACGAAAACGAAAUAAUUUUUCUCUUUUAUAAUUUUACAUUCUGAGAUGAAUACAAUAUUUUUACUAUACUCUAAAUUAUUAUCGUGACUAAUCUUAUUGGAAUUAAACUUUUUGUACCGUUUUAUUACAUAGAAAAAAUCAUGUUUCGGAAAAGUCAACUAAGAGCACUUUUGUGCAGAGGACGUAGAAAAAAAAUAACAAGUUUAGUCAUCAUUUUGAUAUUUUUGAUAAACGCAAUGUUCUAUGUAAGUUUAGAACUAUACAAUAUUAUAAAGAGAAGGAAUAAGGACCCUUGGUAUAAGAGCUUACGAUAUGACCAAGACUCUUAUGUUGACAAGACUGGUAUGAGAGUUAUUGUAGGUCAUUAUGUUGGAGGAAACUCUGGAGGCAACUUGUCUGAAGAUGUAAUAAAUACUAACCAUUAUGCACCAAUAGAAGGGGCAGGCGAGGGUGGUAGGCCAGUCCAACUAUCACAGAGAGAAAUCAUACCUGCCCGGGAUCUAUAUGCCCUGCAUUCAUAUAACAUAGUUGUCAGUGAUAGGAUAUCAAUUAAUAGAAGUCUUCCUGAUAUGCGCAGUGAGAGUUGUAGGAGUAUCCAAUAUAAUUUAGCAGAUCUACCAACAGCGAGUGUGAUAAUAGUCUUCCAUAAUGAAGCCUGGUCUACUCUCAUGAGAACUGUGAUGUCAGUUAUUAUCAGAUCUCCAGCAGAAUUGUUAAGACAGAUUAUUUUAGUAGACGACGCAAGUGAUAGAAAGUAUUUAGGCAAAGAAUUGGAAGAUGCAAUAGCUAGGUUAGACAUAGUACAACUUUUGAGAAGUGUGAACCGAACUGGUUUGGUGGGAGCAAGGCUCAUGGGCGCCAGGGCAGCCACGGGAGAUGUCUUAGUAUUUCUGGAUGCUCAUUGCGAGGUCACGCAAGGCUGGCUCGAGCCUCUGUUAGACAGAGCGGGAAGUGACGAUGUGUUUAUUUGUCCACACAUUGACCUGCUGUCAGAGGACACGUUGGCUUACACAAAGAGCAUUGACGCGCACUGGGGCGCAUUCAGCUGGCGCCUACAUUUCCGCUGGCUCAUGCCCAGUAGUGAGGUAAUGAUGAACAAAUCUAAAAAUCCUUUCAAGCCUUACCCGACACCGGCGAUGGCUGGAGGUCUUUUCGCCGUUCGAAAAAGCCUAUUCUGGCGUUUAGGUGGAUAUGAUGACGGUAUGAUCAUUUGGGGAGCCGAGAAUCUAGAACUUUCCUGGCGUGCGUGGCAGUGUGGUGCCAGAAUUGAAAUAACGUCGUGUUCUAGAGUAGGACAUAUUUUUAGAAGACAUAGCCCAUACAAGUAUCCCGGUGGAGUUGGAAAAGUUCUUAAUUCGAAUUUAGCUCGAGCGGCAACGGUAUGGAUGGACGAGUGGGCUGAUUUCUUUUUUAAGUUCAAUCCUUCUGUGGCUGCGAUUCGUGACACGCAAAGUGUGGCAAAUAGGGUUGAGCUUCGCAAGAGAUUAAACUGUAAAAGUUUUAAGUGGUACUUGGACAACGUGUGGCCGCAAAACUUUUUCCCAAGUGAAAACCGCUGGUUCGGAAGAAUACGGAAUGAUAAAGGAAGUUGUAUCGGGGUAGUUGCAGGAACGCCCGGGUUAGGAGGACCCGCCUCGGGAAUCAGUUGCGGCAGCGAUCUCGACCUUGAUAGAUUACUAGUUUAUACCCUCGAAGGAAAAAUCAUGGCCGAUGAAGGGUUAUGUUUACAGCAAGGAAACGGUAGGGCGGUGUGGAAAACUUGUAGUACCAGUAAAAAGCAAAUAUGGCAGCAGAAAGGUCCUAGGUUAAAAACUGUGGACGGACUCUGUCUGACUUUAGUGGCUAGUGAAAAUAAAGACGGGGAUGAUCCAUUAACGGCUAAACGGUGUUUAGAAGAUAGCAGACAAAUAUGGCAUUUCGAGAGAGUGCCUUGGCGAUAAAAUGUGAUACUUAAUACUCGUACAAAUUGUUAGAAGUGAUUAUUUAGUUUAAUAUUAUAAUCAUCUCAGUGUGAUAUCUCAAUAUUUGAUCUGAA